AUGGCAAGCGCCAUUUCCGUACCAUUGUUGACACAGGCAACGGAGACGCUCCAAAGAGACAAACAACGGCACUCACGACAUCCAGCACCAGGGAAGCCGCUAUUCGCAGAACGUCAGGUUCGAAUUAUCUGCAUCGGUGCUGGUGCGUCGGGGCUGUGCUUUGCGUACAAGUUACAACGAUCGUUUCAGAACUUCAAGUUGACCAUUUAUGAGAAAAACCCGGCGAUUUCGGGGACAUGGUGGGAGAACAGGUAUCCCGGAUGUGCCUGUGACGUUCCGGCCCACAAUUACACUUUCUCUUGGGAGCCGUCUGUCAAUGCCAGUGCUGUUUAUGUCUCUUCUGAGGAAUUAUUCCAGUACUUUCAGAAUUUCGCAGAAAAACAUGAAUUGAAAAAGUACAUCCAGCUGCAGCAACAGGUUGUUGGUGCCAGUUGGAACGGCGAAGCCUGGGACGUCGAAGUCAGCAAUGGCAGGGAGGGAUCCAAAUAUCAUGACCAGUGCGACAUUCUCAUCAAUGCCACUGGGAUUUUGAAUAAUUGGCGGUGGCCUGAUGUGCCGGGCUUGCAUGAAUUUAAGGGACCGUUGCUUCAUAGUGCAAACUGGAAUCCUGAUGUCGCUCUUGAUGGAAAGACUGUCGGACUGAUUGGGAAUGGAUCAUCUGGUAUUCAAAUAUUGCCAGCCAUCCAGCCCAAAGUAGAGAAACUGGUGACAUUCAUAAGAGGCACAAGCUGGAUCUCACCUGUCCAUGGCUUAGACCAGCAUAGAUACACGGAAACCGAAAUGAAUAACUUCAAGAACAACCCGAACGAAUUGCUAGAGUACCGCAAGAUGAACGAGACGAGCAUGAAUUGCUUGUUUGGUACAUUCAUCAAAGACUCCGACACCCAAAAUGAGAUCAAGGACGAUCUAACGGCUCAGAUGCGAACAAAGCUCAACAAUCAGGACCUGGCAUCGAAACUGAUCCCCAAAUGGAGCCCUGGUUGCCGCCGCCUUACUCCGGGUAUCAACUACCUCGAAACGCUGCGAAAGGACAAUGUAGAAGUCGUCCUCGGUGAGAUCAAGCGGAUCACUAAGGGCGGAUGUGUGGAUAAUACUGGUGUCGAACAUCCUUUGGACGUUUUGAUCUGUGCUACGGGAUUCGAUGUGUCGUUUAAACCUCGCUUUCCAGUACAAGGCCACAGAGUCAAUCUUCAGAAUGAGUGGGCAGACGAUCCAAGGAGCUAUCUCGGCACCGCUGCAGCGGAUAUACCGAACUACAUGUUCUUCCUGGGGCCUAACUGUCCCAUUGGCAAUGGCCCGGUAUUGCGGGUCAUCGAAGUGCAGGCAGAUUAUAUGUUGCACUGGGUUGAUCGGUGGCAGACGGAGAACAUCCGCAGCUUCUCACCCAAGAAGGAAGCGGUGGACGAUUUCGUCGAGCAUGUUGACAAGUACAUGCAGUGCACCGUAUGGACAGAGGACUGCCGAUCAUGGUACAAGAACGGCACGAAAGAAGGCCGAGUCAUGGCGCUAUGGCCCGGCAGUUCCUUGCAUUUCAUGGAAGUGAUGGAACAUCCUCGCCAUGAUGAUUUCGAAGUGCGUUACAAUGGCAAUCGCUUCUCGUGGAUGGGCAGUGGCUACAGCCAAACUGAGAUGGACCCGUCCGCUGAUUGGGCUUACUAUAUCUCAAACACUGACCUGAGCCCCUUCUCGUCUAAGUCUAAGAGGAGAAAGAUUGUGACAGGGGCGAAAUUUAUUAGCAGCACACCUCAAUUCCAUCCGAGCGAGGCUGCCCUGACAGAGGAGAAGCGACCUUUGGUCGAGGUUGUGGAGAUCCAACGAAAUGGUCUUGCGGCUUGA